UGUCCUCACUGUGUGCAACCAACUGUGAGUGACCUUCUGAGGUCUCCGGUCCACAUAAAAAUUCCAUUUUUGAAGUGUUGGUUUUAGUGGUGUAGUUUUGUGCUUAGCCUAAUGGGAGGCUGACCCAGUUAGCCUUAGAGGACAUGGGAAAGUACAUCAGGAGUGGAAGGAAGGGACUUUUGGGACAAAGCAUUGUUUGAAUUUUGUGUGAGGGAGUUCCUUUAUUUUCAUCCUGGAAAAAAAAAAAAAAUGUGGGAUUAAUUUUAAUUUACAUGAUGAUGUGGGUCCCUGCCCAUUAACUCAGGGCUGGCCCCUGGCAGCCUUGAGACUUGGCCUUGGUGGAGCUGCGCAUGCAGCCACUUGGUCCCCAGGACACACUGAGAGUGUUGUCACCAUGUCCCUGGGAGAUGUUCCUCCCGGUGACCCUGCACUGUGCUCAGCUUAACCCUCUGCUGAGCAGCAGUUGCAUCACUUAGGCACCUAAUCCCAUUUAUAAACCAAGAUACCAAUUAUAAGAUGUCAAUAAAUUUUCAGAACCCUACAGUGGAAAGGCCUAUUAUUAGGUCAUCUAGGAUAUAGUUCCGUCAGUGCAGGGUUAUUCAAUUAACUGGAAUACAAGUCAUUAGUAUGGGCUUUUCUUCCUUUUUUUUUUUUUUUUUUUUUUUUUUUAAUUGCUACUACCAGAGCAAUGAUUUAAGGCAUUUCUGAAUUUCAUUGGCACUUCCUUUCACUGCUCAUGGUCAAAUACUAGGCCUCAGGCAUGUGAUGGUGUCCUCCUGCUAUCUGCAGCAGCAUCAAAUCCUGUCCCGAGAGCCUGUUUCUGGGAGGAAUAAACGCACAUAGACCUCCUCUCCUUUCUUGUGCCGUGUUGCAUUGUUACAGGUAGCUCGGAAGUGCUGUGUAAUGGUGUGGAUUUCCCAGUUUUUCCACUGUGUUUUUCUCCAACGCAUGGGAGCUGUUUCGGAAAGCAGUGACCUAGUCACGGUGCCAGGGCCUCAGUGAAUUCACGACCUCGUGCCUCUCAGUUUUUCCUGUUUUCUGCUGAUGUGCUGUGGAAAUUGGAAUAAUGUGUUCAGCCUGCAGGCAAAACCUUCCAGCCCUGCUGUCUUACAGCAGUGUUUCCCAGAUGGAAACAUUUCUCCUACUUUAUCUGAAUAUACCUGCCAGCCUGUGAGGUGUGGGAUGUGCCUGGUGUGUUAUGUGCCUGAUGGGUGAAUACUCACCCCAUGUGCCCAUCCGUUCUGGUGCCUUCUGCUUCCCCCAGGCUUUCAUUUCACUCCUGCUCUUCCCAUUCUCCUUCCCCAGGCUGGCUGCCUGCCCUUUGGGAAAACCUUCGUGUCCCUUGGUGUGGCGGGCGGCUUGAUGUGUCGGGGGAGCUCCAAGAGCUGCCCGAGUCCUGAGCAGUGAAACUUUGUUUUUUCAAAGUCACAUUGACCUGAGUGCUGCAGCAAACGUGUAUGGUGUCUGCUGCCGUUGUUUCGCAUGAGGGAGCUGCAGUCAAAUAUUAAAAAGGCAGCAAGAGCAUUAAAUUAUUCGGCAAUGGAACAUUGUCAUUCCUCCAUAAAACUAUUUUGACCUGUAGUUUUCUAUGGAGUCCAUUGCUCUUAAAUGUGCAAUGAGAAAGGAAAUUAAAAAUUAAUCUUUAUUUCCAUCUCAGAAGAAAACCUUAAUUCUCUGCAUUGAAAUUAUACUCGUAAUCCAGGGUAAUAAAUUAUAGUUUUUAAUUGCAGCUAGUCACAGCCAAUCAAACGGAGACGUCUCUCUUUCUCUCGCUUGCUUUAACUUUGCUAUGCAGAAGAUUUCUUGGAGUGCUGGGAAAAAAAAUCACGUACAUUGACCCAGGCUCUUAAUAUCGUGCAGAAUAAGCCCUGGACAUGCUACAGCAAUAAGGCUCUGCUCUUUUCUGGCACCCUUGAGCCAAUGACCCGAAAGUACCUUAUGGGCAGUGAUUGCGCCAUACAGCCAGGCACAGGGAAAUGGGCAAAUUCUGCCAUGUCCCCGUGGAGAAGGUGGUGUAGCAUCUUGUUCAAGGUUACGUACCAUGAGUCAGGGUUGAGCUAGGAACAAAAUUUAGAUCCUGGUUCAACUGUUUUUGACUAUCAGACACCACUCCUCCUCUGAGCAGGGACUAGGAGCCAGCAUGCCCUGCUCUGGCCCACUGCCCAAGCACCUGAGCUCUGAUACCUCUUCUAACAAAAAGAACAGGUAUCUACUCAUAAUGCAGUGUAAAACAGUUGCUGAGCCUGUUCUCCUAGCUGUUGAUACUGCAGAACAGCAUAUUCAGCCUGCUGCUGAGCCCCAUUCAGCUGAUGUGCCUCGAGGAGAGCAAGGAGAAAAGGAAGUAAAUCUGCAAGGCAGGAUGGCCUCGGAACUGGGAUCACGGGCAGCUCUCCGACUCCACGUGGCUGUGCCAUCCCCUGGGAUGGGAUCUCCUGCUGCCCUGGCCACUGGGGACCUUGCAGGGGACAUGGAGGCGCUGGCUGUCACGGCACCAGAAGCAGCACAGAAGGAUGUAGCAGGAUCACAAGCAGAGGUGGAUGCCUUAAAAGCAGCAGCAGCAGUGAGAGGGGAGAUGGAAAGUCUGAAGGGAAGCUCCAGUGGAAACGUGGUCAACCCUGAUGGAGCAGCGGUGGAAGGAUCAGAAAACCCAGAGGCAGACAGAGUCGCUGAAGCAUUUGCCCAAGCAGUAGAAAGAAUAGCGAAAGCAGAAGUAACCAAGGUGUUGCAAUCAGCAAUAGCUGAGCUCAAAGAAAAGAAGAGGAGCGUGUGGCUAAAGCAGAGGAACACCAUCCAAACGGAGGAGGAGGACUGGGUAAAAGAGGGGGAGAUGAUAUGAGGUGGUGGAGACGUGGCAUUGUGGGUUGUACCCGAAGGGGGGCUGGUGCCCUGAUACUGAGUGCUAUGGUCACUCCUGAAAUGCAGGAGGGCUGUCCAUUAUGUCUUCUUUGUGAGUGUCCAUACUAUUAAAAAAUAAAGAGAUGCCAUAUUUGAA